CCGGAGACUCCCAGGGUAGGGUCGGAGGCCGCAUUCUGUGGUGCCUGGGCGACAGUUAAUAAGUUGGGUCACCUCUGUGUGGUGAACGGAGAGUGCAGGUGCCCUUCCGGGACAGCAGGGAUCUUGCUGGGGACUUGUGGACUUGCGGAACUUUGCGGCUCUUCCAGGGAGGCGGGAAAAAAACCCCACAAAAAGACCUGGAAGGACUGGUGGUCUCAGCCCGCCGAAGGACGGGAACAGAUGCGUCCAGCGAUACAGCGGCUAUCUCCUGGCAGCGGGCUGCAGCAGGGGGAGCAGCCUGGCAAAGGCAGAUAAACGUCCGCCAGGCCUUUGUUCUGAGAUAAUCUUAUUCGUUCUGGGGAGGGCUCUGUACUUGCAAGAAGGCAAUUCGCAUAGAUAUCACGGCAAGGGACGCAGCCGUGCAUGCCUGCUUCCACGUUUCCUAACCUGGGGCUCUCGUGGCCGUGUGCAGAGGGAAACCGCUACUAACGUUCCUUUUAGCUGCAGGGAAACAGCAGUCGUGUGAACAAAGCUGGCCCGGAUUCAGACCGACAGCGUGGUCGAGAUGCUCCGUGAGCUGUACCCUGACGUCCACUUUGAGAUCGUUGCCAUGUCAACGACCGGAGACAAGAUUUUGGAUACAGCCCUUUCCAAGAUCGGAGAGAAGAGCCUCUUCACCAAAGAGCUGGAAAAUGCACUUGAAAGAAAUGAAGUUGACCUUGUGGUUCACUCUUUGAAGGACCUGCCCACUUCUCUUCCUCCUGGCUUUACCAUCGGCGCUGUCUGCAAAAGGGAAAACCCACUGGAUGCUGUUGUGUUUCAUCCCAAAAACUGCGGGAAAACACUGCACCUCCUUCCUGAAAAGAGUGUGAUCGGAACCAGUUCACUUCGGCGAGCAGCCCAGCUCAAAAAGAAGUUCCCUCAGUUAGAAUUCAGGGAUAUCAGAGGGAACUUAAACACCCGCUUAAAGAAGCUAGAUGAGAAGGAAGACUUCAGUGCCAUCAUCCUGGCUGCUGCGGGGCUGAAGAGGAUGGGCUGGGAGAAUCGCAUUGGCCAGCUCCUAAGCCCUGAGGAUUGUCUGUAUGCUGUUGGGCAGGGUGCCUUAGCAGUGGAAGUUCGUGCCAAAGACCAAGAAAUACUGAAUAUGGUCUCUGCCCUGCAUGACGCAGACACCGUGUUAUGCUGCAUCGCUGAGAGAGCCUUUAUGAAGCGUUUGGAAGGUGGAUGUAGCGUCCCUGUUGCUGUCGACAGCACGCUGAGCGAUGGCCAGUUGUAUUUGACAGGAGCGGUCUACAGUUUGGACGGAUCGGACAGCCUGAAGGACACUAUGCAAACCAGUGUUAAUUAUCCCCAACAGAAUGAAGAUGGACCAAACGAUGACGUGCAGCAUGUUGGCAUCACGGCCAAGAAUGUCCCUGGCCAGGCCCUGCAAGCUGCAGAGAACCUUGGUGUGGAACUAGCUAGUUUGCUUCUGAGCAAGGGAGCGAAGCACAUCCUUAGCGUGGCAAGGCAGCUCAACGAUGCCCGCUAAGCCCGUGGUGCAGUUAGCACGAUCGCUACAACUCCGACAGCUCUGCAGCUCCCCCACCAUCCUCCUUUGGAGGAAGUGAUUUAUUUAAGCAUUCACACCGGUCUUAUUGGAAGUUUGGGCACAAAAACUUGAGAUACUAAGUUGAAUAACUUGAGCGGUUGAUGCCGUUCAGGUUUCUCAUCCCUCUCUGCAUUUCUCUAAAUUGCAGUGUCUGUGAAGUUUUUUCAACAAUUUUUGUGCCUAGGAAGCUAAAAAGAAAUUUAAAAAAAUGCAAGUGUUCUAUUCCAUGUAGGAGCAAGGCACUCAUUAGAGUUGAUAAUCAGAGACUCAACUGUGAUGGUACUGAAGUGCCGUACUGUCUGACGGUACUAAGUAGUCAUUAAUAGUAUUUGGGCCUGUUCACUCAUUGGAAUGCUGAAGACUAUUAGGUUCCCAGCACCAGGUUCCUUACAGUGCAGUAGCACAGAUGCCAGGUAAGAAAUUAAGUUUAUCAGAUGCAAAUUUGUCAGUUGGCCAGUAAUAAACUAGGAAGUAAUGGGACAGCCAUUUUAAUUGCCCUUGUGUGCUUGUCUAGGAUUGUAAUCUGAGACUUUAAUCUAUAUUAACCAGUCACUGGGGAGAUAAAGCAGCGCAAUUUGGGUUAUUGUGCCUUUCUCUGUAACUCAUCCCCCUUCCCUUUUACUGGGGCUCCUUGUGCUUGCUGCCUGCGUGCCAUCCGUUGAGUGGGGCUCGUGCCCGACAGUGCCUUGUAGAAACACCGAAACGGCACCUUGCUGGGGUCCCGUUUUGGAAAUGAAGCGUGAUUUAUUCUCUAUGCAAUGUCCACUGAAUGUAACAGACGAUAAAUACAGUUAAAUUACAAGCA